AACUACACUCAGUCGUCCCAACAAUGGCUUCCGUUCAAAGUUUCAUCGAGAGUUUCGAAGCACUGUUAACUUGUUCUGUUUGUAAGAAAACCUUAAAUGGGCCUAAAACUCUGCCAGGUUGCCUUCAUACUUUCUGCUUUAAGUGCAUCGAAGGUUUGAACGAGACGUACCAUACAGAUGAGGGGUCACUGAAAUGCCCAGUUUGCAAAACAGCAGUCGACUGCGAAGAAGGCGACAUCUCGCGGCUUCCUUCUUUAACUACUUACAACUCACUGCUUCGCUUAUUGGAGCCCAUGAAAAAGACGGCUGGCGAAGUACAACAGCAGCAGCAUCCUCCACAGUGUACAAAUUGUUCCAAGCGCAGUGCAUUGGCUGGAUUUUGUCUUCAAUGCGAAGGAAUGAUUUGUGGUGAUUGCAUAAAUUACCACAAAACGCUCAAGAUAUUUAAAAGAGGCCAUCAGGCAACGGUGUUCAAGGAUUUCAAUCAAGAGAUCUUUGAUAGCUACAUCACUAACCGAGUAUUUUGUAAAGAAACACUCCAUGAGAAAAAUCGCCUUGAGUUUUACUGCAAAACGUGCAAGAAGUGCAUCUGCUACUUGUGCAAAGCACAAUCAACACACAGCAGUCAUAACAAGGUCAGCAUUGAGGAAGCAGCAAAAGAUGCUAAAAGUCUUAUCAGCCAAGAAAAGGAGCGACUCAACGAGCUGCUUAUCAAAUAUCAGAGACAAUUAGAAUUGUCCGAUGAAAAGACGAGAAGAAUUCAAAGCCAAGUUGAUGCAGCAAAGGCAAAAGUCCGUAAUCGUACACAAGCUAUGAUAGCAACUUUACAAAACCACCAAGACGACAUGAUGGCUACUUUGGACAAAAUCUUUGCAGAGCAAACAUCAAAUGACGACUAGAACUGAGUGAAAUCAUGUUCUAUAUUGCGAACCAAGUAAACAAUAGAUAUGUGGACUAUAAUACUGGUUGAUUUGUUUUCUACUUUCAAAUUUCUACGCUAUAUAAUUCUCAAAUUUUUCACGGUUUUAUGGUGUCUGCAAUCUAAAUCAGCCAUUAUAGAUUCUCUGCCAAAUGGCAAAAUAGUGCAUUUUUGAGUAUGUUUUUUUAUCUGUACAGAAUCGUAGAAUUAGUCAAGAAGAAGUUCAUAGUCCGCGUUGCAUCGCGGAAGUUUUACUUGGAUGUCGCGCAGGCUAUACUUCCUCCUUGGAUAAGUAAAUGAUGUCAUUAUAAAAUUUCUCGACCUAUUCUCCUUUGAGCUCAGUAAAAGUGAAUCAAAAUAAAAAAAACACACAACAUAUUAAAGAAAAACAACUUAUUUUAUUAAAAACAUAUAGCACUUCAUGUUAGGUAGGUAAAUUGUAAUUUGUGCAGCUCGAACAAUAACAUCGUGUGAUUUUAUUGAAACUGUAAUAAAUUGAACCUACCCAAACCGUAA